AUGCAAGCGUGGCAAAUUGCCACCCCUGGGCUUCUAGACGAUGUGUUGAAACUUGUCGAUAAUGCAGCGAAGCCUUCCAAGCCCCUUCAACAAGGACAAAUUCUUGUUGAAGUCGUCAGUGCUGGACUCAAUCCCGCAGACUAUAAGAUGGUAGAGAUGGGCUUCGCAUCCAAGGCAAUUACAUCGUUUCCCAAGACAGCAGGGAUGGACCUAAGCGGCAAAGUCGUCGCUAUCGGAAAUGAUGUAACAGAUGUCAAAGUCAACGACGCUGUACUGGUUCGCCUGGAUCCUACAAAAGCACCAGGCUCACUCUCUCAAUUUAUUGUUGCCGAUUACCAUGGGUACGCUGUCUUGCCACCGGACUUCGAUCUUGAUCUCGCAGCCGGCGCGCCGACGACUGCUUUGACGGCGUACCAAUCUAUAAAGCCUUAUGUUCAAGCCGGCGCCAAAGUCUUUAUCAAUGGCGGAUCAGGCGGUGCCGGUACCUACGGCAUUCAAAUCGCAAAAGCUCUUGGUUGCCACGUCAUUACUUCUUGCUCUACUGCGAAACGAGAGCUCUGUGAGCGAUUAGGAGCUGAUGAGAUCAUCGAUUACAAGGCUGGUGACGUUGUUACACAGUUAAAGCAGAAGGCGAUCAUCUUUGAUCUGAUUGUCGACAACGUCGGUUCAUCCCUUCCAGAUCUCUAUCAGCAAUCUCAUCACUAUCUCAAGCCGGAGGGAGCCUUUGUUCUAGUGGGAGGGUCUGCAUCUCUAAGCAGUAUUAAGAAUGUCAUGAAGGCAAAAUUUACGCCUUCAUUUUUGGGUGGAGGUAAAAGCAAAUUUAUUACCUACAUAACGAAGAAUGAUCACGACGAUUUAGCCCAGAUAGCAAAAUGGCUAGGCGAGGGAGUGAUUAAGACAAUCAUUGACUCAACAUUCGAGUUCGAAGAGACCUUGAAAGCAUACGAACAUCUUAAAAAGGGCUCAAGUGGUGGAAAGGUUAUUGUUCAUGUCUCAAGCAAGGCAUGA